UCACUUCGUAGUUCGUAUCAUCAUAGAACAAUAUAACGCGACAACGCCAGGGCCGGCCGGUCGCGAUAACGUUGGUCAACCUGACGCGUUCGGCGCGUAACCACUAUAACCGUGUCCGGAAUAGUCGACGACCACAACGGCCAUCUUCGGCGAAACGCGGCUGCGCGCCACUAUAUAGCGUCAUACACUACACUCGUAUCCGCCGCCGCCGCCAGCGUUCGAACAGAGACGGCGAAAGACCCCGUACGGCCGUACUGCGCGUACCCCGUUGAGCCGCCGCGUCAGUAACAGCGAGCGAGCGUGCGCAUAUCCUCUCUCGCGUGUCCAGGUGUCCUACAAACAACAAACGAGUAUUACGGUCUGGAAACUGAGCAUUCCUAACGAUGAAAUGAUAUUAUUAUUAUUUUACAAACUACAACGUGUGCGGUGAAUACGAAAACGCAGCUAAACCUACAAUAAGUCUUCGUUUCGAUAUUCCAUUGUCCGGCCUAUGUCGAUCGCGCGCGAAAAAUCGUUGGGGCUGCAUCGCGUAACGGUAUUUGGGCGCUCGCGUAGUUAAGUAUACCUUUGCGUCUUUUUCAGUCGGUUGAUAGUGCGUCGCACGCCGCCGCCGUCGCCGUUUGUCCGCGGUGGACGUCGACGACGACGACGAAGGAAGCCGCGACGAUUGUGAACGGACUUUCCGGUUCGUCGCCGCCGCCGAACGUGUGUGUUCGAACUACCAACGAGUGUUGGCGCGUGCGUGCGAGUUGAGCGACAAUAAUAAUAAUAGUAAUAUCAUUUAAUAUUAUGUGCAAUAAAGCCGCUGCAACUACAACUACGCGGACGGUCGGCGGUGUUGUUGCAGACCAGACCGAUUAUCGUUAUUGCGCAGUUGCGGUGCCGGUCGUCGAAUAACAAGGAGAUAGUUUCGUCGGACGCUUUCGUAAUGGACAUUUGCCCGUCGUCGAAACGUUUUGCUUGAAAAAUGAAGGAAAAGGAGAACACCAGUGUAAGUUUCUCCCAAUGGCAGACAUGGGUUUUGGACGCAGUUAAUAAAAUUCGUGGCCAAAAGCAGCGGCCAUCCUUAGAACGUAUUGUAAAUGCAAUUCGUCAGCAUCACCGUUACCCUGUAGGAGACAUUGAAACACAAGUUGAACGAUGUGUGGAAAGUGGUGCUGUGUUGAAAGUUUUCAACAAAGGCCAAAAUACUUAUAUGAACCCUGGUGGCACUGCUAAUCGUAAACUGGUUAUUAAUGCUGAUACUGAUUUAACUAAGAUUGUGGUGAAAGUAGUUGGCCAAUUAGAUGAGGAGGGUUCAUCUUAUAAAAACAUUGAUCGUUACAUUCAACAUGCCUAUUCUAUAGAACUCAAAAAUGAAGGAUGUGACUUGACUUCAUUACUUAAGUCAACAUUGACCAAAGCAGUUGAUAAGGGUUUAUUGGUGUUGGAUGGAAAAUUAUAUAGGUUACCUGUUAGUCCAGAUUCCACAACAUCAUUGAUUGGAACACCAGUCUUAAAAUAUAGUUCUGGAAGAAAAGCACGAUUGCUUAAAGUAGAUUCAAAUGAAAUUGAAACUACCCCCCGUAGAGCGGGGAGAAAAAGAAAAAAGAUAUCAGUUUGUGAUACUAGUUCACUGACAGACAAUGAAGCCAGUGAUAAAGAGUUAAAUAAAGCUUCCAGGAAUAUCUGUGCUGAUUGUUUAGGUACAUCGGCAAGAAACCAAUGCGGUGAAGCGGAAUCGUUAAAACAAUGCAGAGGUGGUUGCGGUGUUUCAUUGCAUCCUUCUUGUUUAGCUAUUAAAUGUAGUGGUCCUUUGACUACUCUCUUAGCUCGUGGUUCUCGGUGGUUUUGUCAGGACUGUAGAACAUGCUCAGCAAUACCAUCGUGUUCAGUGACUGAACAUAUGUUUUUAUUAAACUGUGAUACAUGCGAUCGAGGUUAUCAUAUGCAAUGUCUACAACCUCCGGUUGUGGAUAAACCAAAAUCGGCAUGGCGAUGUUCAUUUUGCUUAGAUCAUCACGAUACCACCAUUUCUAUGGAGGUAGAACCAUUUGAAGAGCGUAGGGGUAGGAAAAAGUCAAGUCUUAAAAACCAAAGGUCUAGUCGUGGUCGAAGUCAACACUUAAAGAUGCAAGAUCUCAAGCUCGGAACACCAUCCACUUCAAGUUCAAUGAAUCAACGUGAUGUCACGGAAGACGGUAAUGUCUCCUCUCCUGACUCCUCGGCUCCCCCCUCUCCCGUUCCGAUUAGUGGCAGUGUGCGGCGGGACACUGCUAUCUCCAAGGAGAAAGCAAAAUUCUUUAGGCAAAGUGCUGCGUUUAAUGCGCGAGGUGUGAACGGGAGAGGAUCUGGUGUGCCGAAAGUCAAUGCCCCCUUAAACAAGCGCCUUAGCUCUAGCAGCAGUGACAGCUCUAGCAGCUCGAGUUCAAGCUCGAGCAGCCGGAGUCGCAGCAGCAGCUCAAGUAGCACGACCAGUAGCUCUAGUGAUAGUAGUAACAGCUCUAGCAGCAGUAGUAGCAGCAGUGCGCAUGCUUGUUCUCUUUCUGUGCGUCCAAGUCGGCCCAUAUUUCCUCUCCCAAAAUGUCUCGCCGCAAGGAAUGCCGAUUUUAACAAAAGUCCUUCAAAUGUGUCCUCUAAAAGUUGUAAUUCAACAUCUGAGUCUGUUCAAUCCUCUAAAAAGAAUGAACAUCAUUUAAAAAUAAGUGAUAAGUUGAAUGAUCUUAGUGACAUAAAAAAAAUUGAUAAAAUAAAUGAUGAUCAAUCUAAAGUAACCCCUAAAGUAUUAUUAAGAGCACCAAAACUAAUUGCUAAAGUGAAUUGUUCACAGCCUAAAAUUUUUCCACUUUCACAUUCCAAAUCAGAUAGUUCAGAUUCACCUAUUUCUCUGUUCAAACAAUUAUUGAUAGAGAAUUCAGAUAAACCAUGGGGGUUUGCGGCUUUGGCUGCCAAAGCUCCCAUUGAACCUAUAAAACCCGAAGUCUGUAAUAGUAAAAAAGAUAAACCUAUUGCUGGGUUUAUUCAACUGAAAGGUUUAUUUGAUGGCUUAAGUCAUUUCUAUUCAACACCAUUACAAUCUCGUACUCGACCUCGAAAUGAAAAAGAUCCAAAAUUAUCCAACAAAUCUGACCCAAAAGUCACCUCUGCUGAUAAAAAGCUUAAAAUACCAGACAAACAACAAUCUCCUAGUUUUUUGGUUAAGUCAGCUGUAUCAUCUAAACUGAUGGAAACCAGAGAAGUAGCAGGAAUAGAGGGUGAUAAAAUGCUUAAUAAUGAUAAAUCCUUAGACAUUUCUCCUUCCGCCUUCCGUGACCAUCUGUCCGUGCCGACGAUACGUCCAGUCACCCGUUCCGUAUUGGAAAAUAUGAGCCGCCUUGUUGCAUCAGACUUACCAUCUGGCGUUUUACAUGAAGAUGUCGAGAUCUAUAAGGAGACAAGAACACGAGCAAUGAAUAGUACAAUUCAAGCUCCAGAGUUCAUUAGUUCUAAUCAUCCAGUAAGAUGUCCUGCUGCAAUUCAAUUUGGUAAAUAUGAAGUGGAGACAUGGUUUUCAUCUCCUUUUCCACAAGAGUAUGCUAGACUUCCAAAAUUGUUCCUUUGUGAGUUUUGUUUGAAAUACACUAAGAGUAAAUCGGUUUUGGAAAGACAUAUGCACAACUGUAACUGGAGACACCCCCCAGCUACUGAAAUAUAUCGGCGUGGAAAUCUGAGUGUUUUUGAAGUUGAUGGGAACGCCAAUAAAAUUUAUUGCCAAACAUUAUGUCUAUUAGCAAAAUUAUUUUUGGAUCAUAAAACUUUGUACUAUGAUGUUGAGCCUUUCUUAUUUUAUGUUCUGACAAAAAAUGACAGUUUUGGCUGUCAUUUGGUUGGUUACUUUUCAAAAGAAAAACAUUGUCAGCAAAAGUAUAAUGUAUCUUGUAUCUUAACUAUGCCUCAGUAUCAAAGACAAGGGUUUGGACGAUUCCUUAUUGAAUUUAGUUAUCUUCUAUCAAAAAUUGAAGGGCAACCAGGAACACCAGAGAAACCUCUUUCCGAUUUGGGUCAAGUAUCAUAUCAUGCAUAUUGGAAAGCUGUUAUAUUAGAAUAUUUAGACAAACACAGAGACAGUAACUCUAUCUGUAUUAAUGAUAUUAGCAGUAAAACUGGUUUAAUGAGACAUGAUAUUACAUACACUUUACAAUCUCUCAACAUGGUCGUUGAAAUCUGUGAAAAAUUGACUAUUUGUAUCGACUGGAACGUCGUAGAUGCUCAUUUAAACAGGAAAAAUUCAUCUAAACAAAUUCCUAUUGAACCAGAAUGUUUAAGAUGGACUCCUCUAAUGCCAGCAUCCAAUUUAUUAGUUUCGCCAGAUGACAAAGAUAACCAAGAUUUUGAAGAACCUCUUCCAAUAAAAAUUGAAAUUAUCAAAAGUCCAAUUAAAAAGAAGCGCAUUACAAGAAGAUUGCCAAUGAUAAAGAGACGUAGGAAAAUGGAUAAGAAUAAGCGUAGGUGUUUAUAUGGUGCAGAAAAGAAACCUAAUUCUAUUCAAUCUAUUGAAACCACAGUAAAUCUAGUUGAAGAAGAGCCAACUGUGAAAAAACAUAAAAACGGACGAAUAAUCAACAUAAAAAGUUGAAGAAAAAAUCAAUGAAGACCAUUCAACUGAUGAAAAGUCUGAGGCAAAAUGUAAAUAUGCUGACAAAUCUAC